GACAGAGAGAACAGUUCACUGUACUGCAGCUGCAUUACCUUGUAUGACACCCCUCAGCAUCUUCAACAGUGCAAGUUUGGGCUUGAAAGCAUGAUUUCCAGGCUGGUCUUCCUACUCUUCUGUGGAACUAUUUCACUAAACCUUGGAAACGCUCAGAAAUUGCCAAGAGUUAAGAGACAAAGUCUGAAAGUUCAGAUCAAUGCUACUGGCGAUGCAGUGUGCAUGAGAUAUAUUCGGUCGAGUCCAAGCAUCAAACUGGAAGGCUUCAUCUUGGGGUAUGGCAGCAGCUUCUUCUCUAACCAGUAUAUUCCUCUACCAUCAGAUGGAAAACCUUACAUAACUGAAGUUGAUGCAGAACCAAGAUACUUGAUUGCAGUGAGGCCGGCACCUGUUCCAAAUUACAGGAAAUCCUGCUCAGGUCAAACAAAGACUCCAAAGCCCCUCCAGUUGGUAAUAGGCACUUUAACGCCAACUUCCGUCUUCCUGUCUUGGGGAAUCUUAGUCAACCCAAAGCAUGAUUGGACCACAAUGAAUAACUGUGCCAAUGACAGAUUUUAUACAGUUCGCUACAGAGAAAAGGAUAAGAACAAGAAGUGGAUUCUUCAGCUUUGCCCUACUACAGAAACUGUGGUGGACAAUUUGAAACCCAACACAGUUUAUGAAUUUGGAGUGAAAGACAAUACAGACAAUGGAAUCUGGAGUAAGAUUUUCAAUCACAACACAGUUGGGUCUUAUAAAAUAAAAGAAAAUGGAAAUGGGUAUCUCCAGAAUAACUACAAAUUGCCCAAGAUCCAAACACAGCUUAUAUCGGUAGAUUCAAAAACACGAAUUCCAGUUACAAUAAUCAAAGAAGUAAUUCAAAAUAUCACGCAUCGGACACAGGCUAAAACCACAGAGAAGUCUCCUUUAGCAGGACCAAUACUAGUGCACCUUAUUGUUCCAGAUUUCAAUCAAGCUAAACAGAAACAACCAGCUCCUUUCUCAGAGGAUAUGUCUGAAAGACCAAAGAAAAUAUUGGCUGAGAAUGAGACUCAUGAAUGGCCUGCAGAAUCCAAGACAUCAGAAAUACAAGAAAUUUCCCCACAAUCCCAACCUGCUACAACUGAACUAGACUGGGAAAGCAGUAAACCUACAGUUUCUAGUUUCUCAGAAGAAUCCAAGAGUUUUCCAGCACAUACUGAAAGUGAACUGGAAUCUUCAAAACCUAGAAUAAGCCCUAUGGCUGAAUUACCAUUUGACCCAUUAGCUCCUCAUGUGUUUCCAGAAUUUCCUAAAAUAAAAAUACCUCCCACACUCCAAACGCCCAGGGAAACAUUAGCUUCACAUGAAACGCAGCCAGUUCCUUCACAACCACAAACGACUUCUCCAAAAACCACACAGACAAAGCUGGCAGACACAAAUGAACCCAUUCUGGAAUCUCUCACACCUAAAACAUCUAAGCUUCUUGACUGGCCAAGGGCAACACUGGUGCCAUCUGAAACGCCACUUACCCCUUUUAAAUGGAAACCUUCUGCCACUCCAGAAGGAUGGCUUGUGAAACCUGCUUCUAAAUCACCAUCAUCGGAGCAGGAUAUACCUAAAGCCUCUAGGAUUACUGAACAGUUAAAAACUACUCCAGCUCUGCCGGAAACAAAAUUUGUUCCUUCUACAUCUAAACCUGCCCGACCCAAAAUGCCAGAAACUAAGCCUGCAGAAAAAGAACCUCAAUGGGAAACCACCACACCUAAAAUUUAUAAAACCCCUGAAUUGCCAAGAACAACACUGGCUCCCAGUAAAACAAAAACCACUGUUCCCAAACCCCAAAUCCUUCCCCAUCUGGAAGCGUCAAAGAUUGUACCGGCAGUUACCACCAAAUUGGUUCCAGUUCCUAUCACUACUAAAGUGUCUCACAUUGCUGAAUAUCCAGUGACAACAAUGGCUUCUUCUGAACCAACUUCUAUCCCUUCUCAGUCUAAAGAAACUGACUAUAUCAUGCCAGAAGUGCCAGACAAUAAACCUGCUUCAACUGAAAUAGACAUCUUUUCUUCUAAACCAUCUCCAGUCCCUGAACUCCCACUUACUAAAUCUGUCUUGGAUCCAAUUACGUUUAACAAUGAACUUCCAAUGAUAGAUCCAAAAGGCAAGCAUCAUCUUUUCAGCCCUAAAACGACAAUUAGCCCUCAUAUGCUACCAACCAAACCUGUCCUGAAAACUCCUGCAUUUAGAACUCAGCCACCAAAGACAGAAAUAGAGGAAGAAGACCAUGACCCUUCAAAACCUAAAAUUUUGUUCAGCCCUGAUGUGCCUCAGACCAAGCCUGACCUUGAGGCAAUUACCUUUAGACAUGAACAACCAAAGUCAACAACAGCUCCAAAAGAAACUCGCCGUGUGCCUGCUAGGCCUAAAACUUCUGCUAGUCCUGGUAUAACAUCAACCAAGCCUGGUCCAAAGGGAAGCCGACGUGUUAUACCCAGGCCUAAAACAUCACCCAGUCCAAAUGUAACUCAAACAAAACCAGCUUCAGCAGUGGAACACUUCAUUCCUAAUAAAUCAAAACCAUCCACCAAGCCAAGAAUUCUAGAGACCAAACCUGCAUUAUAUCAAACAACCUCACAACCACUUACAAUCAAACCUACUAUGUCUUCUGAACGCCUCAAGACAACUAUGGCUCCAAAAGAAACAAAGUUCAUUCCUUCCAAACCCAAAACAUCUGGGAAACCAGAAAUAUCACAGGCUAAACCUGCACCAGUGGAAACAAUCCCAGGAUCAAUUAACCUUCAUAUUCAUGUUCUCAAUGGGCCCAAAGAUACUUCGGUUCCAUUCAAGCUCCCAAGUGGGGAAACAACUGAAAGCCCACAUAUGAGAACUGCAUCCCAUAAAGUGUAUCUCACAACUGCAAAACCCAAGACGAUGGAUAAAUCACAGACCAGACCUGUUAUACAUAAAACAACACCAGCUCCUGGCAGAACAAGAACAUCUGGCAGGGUGAUAUGGGGCGACAUAUUAACAGAUCAGGAUAUUACCAGGCUUUUUAGUACAAGCGCUAGUGCAAGCACCAACUUAUCAGCAGACUCUACAGGUGCAAGGAAAAAACCAGACUCUGUAGCUACACCACCUGACCCUCCACGACCACCCUUAGCUCCUGCCAAGCCUACAGCAAUGCGAAGAAAACCUUUGCCUCCAAACACGGUGACGGGUAAACCUGGGAGUUCAGGAAAUAUUUUGAUGCCACGGGCCCCUCCACUCGCCACAGCAUCUUCUUUUGCAAAGCCUAUGAGACCAACAACACUUGUGAGAACAGGCUCACCCAAAAAGCCUCCUACUGCUUCUGCUUCUCCAGAUUACAGUAACACAACUGUGUUCAGCACACAGCCUACAUCCGAGACUGAUAUAGCAGGCAAACCAAGGUAUAAAGGUGAUCAUGUGAGGUACGUGAAAAAGGAAGGCGAUGUUCCGUGUUCCAUCACAGAUACUCUCCAGCACUUCCCAAAAGAAGAAAGCGACAACAAACCAGCCCUCAACCCUCCACAAAAUCCUCCUACCAACCUCACUGUGGUGACCGUUGAGGGCUGUUCAUCAUUUGUCGUACUGGAUUGGGAAAAACCACAAAAUGACACAGUCACAGAAUAUAAAGUUGUAUCAACUGAAAAUGGAGUCACUAAUGGAAAGGACAAGUCCAUUAUCACUACAAAUCUUACCCAUUCUACCGUGGAGAACCUGAAACCUAAUACAAGUUAUGAAUUCCUUGUGAUACCUAGCAACCCGCUUGGUGAAGGUCCGAGUAGUGAAACAAAGCCAUUUAAAACAGAAUCAGCGGACCCAAGAGUGAAUGAGCAGAUUUCAAUGGGAAAAGAUGCAAUUUGGACCGAAAUCAAAUUCAAUCCUGAUGACUACUCUGAAUGCAAAGGAAAACAAUAUGUCAAGAGGACUUGGUACAAGAAGUUCGUUGGCGUACAACUAUGCAAUUCCCUGAGGUACAAAAUUUACCUCAGUGAUUCACUUACAGGGAAAUUUUAUAAUAUAGGUGAUCAGAGAGGGCAUGGAGAAGACCAUUGCCAAUUCGUGGAUUCUUAUUUUGAUGGAAAGACAGGGCAACAGCUUCCACCAGAUCAACUACCUACUAAAAUUGGCUUCUUUAGAGCUUUUCGACAGGAGCCUGUCAAGUUUGGGAAAAUAGGAGCCGCAACUCACACUAACUAUGUUCACUGGUACGAAUGUGGAACUCCAAUACCUGGGAAAUGGUAGAACAAGACAUGAACUGAAUGCUGAUGGACUGCAUCCAGCUGUGAUCAACACAAGACAAACUUCAGUGAUUGAAAACAUGCCAUGGUACUAUUCUUUUCAUACUGAAACCUAGUGACAAUAUUGUGUCAACUAUUCAGUAGCAUUGGCUACUCAAUAGUUGCCCAGAUUUACAGAUCUUUUGUAAGGAGUUAGAAGUUAGAACAUGUCCUAAAGUAAUGUCUUGGGAAGCUGGCUCCCUACUAGUGUCUUAUAGUACCAUCUAUUUUGAAAGAUGUAGUUUAUUAUUUAUCAUUUUUGUGACACUGAGGCACCUUUUAACAAAAAAGUUGACAAACCAUUAUAUUCUGAAUUGUAG